CUGCAAGAAUAUCCAGGAUGCUACUCAUUUGACAGGGAUCACACACAGAGCAGCGUGGAGGUGGAGAAGCUCACCUUCCCCACGGCGGCGAUGUAUCAGCCAGGAAUACUGGUUAGAAGAAAAUGUGUCUGGAAACCAUGGACGGUCGCCCUCAUUACCGUGGCUCUUUUGCUGGCUUUGGCAGUGCUCAUUGGUCUACUUGUUUACUUUUUGGUGUAUGAUGAGAAGACUCAUUACUACCAGGCCUCCUUCUGGAUUCCCAGUAUUAAAUAUAGCUCAGAUUUGUCCAAAGAGCAGUCGAAAUUUCGGACUAACCUGAAACAAAAAAUCAGCAAUGAGAUAGAUGUGAUAUUUCAAAGAUCCAGUUUAAAGCAUCAUUAUGUCAAAUCUCAAGUUGUCAACUUUCGGCCCAGUAACGAUGGGGUAAAAGCAGAUGUACUGAUUAAAUUUCAGAUUCCCCAUAAGAAUGUGGGUACUUUGAAAAGGCAAGCUGAUAACAUUUUGCAUGAGAAGUUACAAUCCUCCCAGAGCUUCUUGAAGAGAGAUGUUUCACUACCUUAUCUUAGAGAAAUGAACGCAGCACAAGCAGAACACAUUCUAAACAGUGACUGCGGCUCCGGGAUGGAGUACCCACCCAUAGCAAGAAUCGCUGAUGGCAAACCUGCAGACAAGGCGUCUUGGCCUUGGCAAAGCAGCCUGCAGGUGGAAGGCAUUCAUCUCUGCGGUGCUUCUCUCAUUGGAUCCCAGUGGCUAGUGACCUCCGCUCACUGCUUUGACAAUUACAAAAAUCCCAAACUGUGGACAGUAAGUUUUGGACGGACCCUUAGCAGUCCACUGACAACACGGAAGGUGGAGUCCAUCAUCGUUCACGAGAACUACGCCUCCCACAAGCACGACGACGACAUAGCUGUGGUCAAGCUCUCCAGCCCCGUGCUGUUUUCUGAAAAUUUGCGCAGAGUCUGUCUCCCUAAUGCGACUUUUCAAGUCUUGCCGAAGAGUAAAGUGUUUGUCACCGGAUGGGGAGCACUGAAAGCGAAUGGUCCCUUUCCCAAUUCUCUGCAAGAGGUUGAAAUAGAGAUCAUAAGUAAUGAUGUAUGCAAUCAAGUUAAUGUAUAUGGUGGUGCUAUAUCCUCAGGAAUGAUAUGCGCUGGAUUCUUGACAGGAAAACUAGAUGCCUGUGAAGGUGAUUCUGGAGGACCUCUGGUUAUUUCGGAUAAUAGAAAUAAGUGGUAUCUUCUUGGAAUUGUUAGUUGGGGAAUAGACUGUGGAAAAGAAAACAAGCCCGGAAUUUACACCAGAGUGACUCAUUAUCGGGACUGGAUUAAAUCUAAAACUAGCAUCUAAUGCCACAGCCACCCGUUUAUCCACCCUGGAGUGUCACACAUGGCCUCUGGCAAACCUUAUUCCAUGUUCAUCACAAUGUGCCUUGCCAUUUAGCUCAAGAUGCAAAUGAGUAUGUCGCAGUGACCCUCAGAAGGGGACAGACUUCCUUUUACAUCAUUGGAAGGGUUCCAUUGACUAUGAACAAAAUAGAUGCCAUCUGCUUCAAAAAGAUCUACCAUUCUGCAAAGUGUCUGAUUACCUCCCUGCUCAUCUCUGUUCUCCUAUCUCAUUUUUUUUUACCUUAUACUCAUCUGGAAGUCAAAUAAAUACUAACUGUCCAGCCACCCUCUGCUUUUCUCAAGAGAUGACUUCCUUCUCUGAUUCCUUCACAGUUUUUGCCUUCAUCCAAAUCCUCACUAGCAGUUUGUUGGUCUGAUGAAUGGACAGGCCACAUUAGCUAGUCUAAGUCAAUGGUGACAUAAUGAUGAAGGAAACACUGGAUCUGAGGCUAGGACUUAGGAGAUGGCAAUGAGCAGGUCCAUUCCUUUUCGUCUUCAGAUAUGCAUUUAACCUUUCUCUGAAACUUUGUAUUUAUAUUUGUACAUAUUUUAUUUUCUUUAGACAAUUUAGCUGAUGUGUAUUUUAAAGCUGUUAACCUACCAUGUAUUUUAAUAACAUGAGAUGAAUUAUGAAUAUUUCUUUGUAUAAAUAUUUUUCCAUACUUCGACAUUAGUGCUUUUUCUUGUCCCUUUUAUUAAUGAAAUGUAAAUGAACAAGAAUCUAAAAAGAUUGCUUUCAGCUCCAUCUCCAAGAUGAGGGAUGUUUCAACAGUUGUAUAAAUUUAUUUUUCAAUUGUAUGUUAUUUUACCUUAAUUCUUUUUAUUUAAACAGCUUUAUUUUCAACCAGGUUUAGAAUAAUUAAGUAGCUAUACGAUGGGGAUUCAGCGUAAAUGAAUUCUAAGAGAAUAUAAACAUCAGACAUGUGAAGAAAAACUAUCAGUAGACAUUCAUAAAAUUCUUGAAACAAGAUGUCAGUAAAGAUAUUGUUGUUCAAUAUUUAAAUUUACCAUUAAAUAGCAGGUGUAUUCUUUUUUCUUUUUUUAUUAGAUAUUUUCUUCGUUUACAUUUCAAAUGCUAUCCCGAAAGUCCCCUAUACCCUCCUCCUUCCCUGCUCCCCUACCCACCCAUUCCCACUUCUUGACCCUGGCAUUCCCAUGUACUGGGGCAGGUAUAUCUGCAAAAGAAUAUUUAUAUAAGUCAUUCAAAUAAUCUGGAAAGCAUCUUUAGAAUAUCGUAGUCUGAAUGAUAAAAUUGUCAUUUUCAUAUGUAUUUAAUGCACAUUUUAUAGUAUCUCAUGUGAAUAUAGAAUAGUAUCAAACCAAACUCAGACUUACUCUGUAAUCCUAAUCUUUAUCCUCCUUUUUAUCAUUGAUGAGUUAUCUGCUGUCUUUUUCAUUUUAGUUUUGUAUUAAGUAAAAGUCGUACUCUGUACAUAUUGAAACACAUUUAUGAUAAUAAACUAAUUUGUUCUCUC